AUGGACGACGUGUCGCUACAACAAAAACCACCAACGGACGAGAAAGAACUGGACAAUUUGAUUUUUAAUGGCGAAGAAGAAGCGGAAUUUACGACGAAGGAUACGCAAUUACAGCCUCAGAUUCAGAUGGAGACACAGGACGGGGACUCGAACGAUAGUGAUGAGAAAAAAUCCGCGGCUUUGGCGAAAUCUGGCGACCGUUCUUCGCUAAAUAAUGUCCUGCCUGUGGAUAAGCUCAAGAAUGGCGCUACUACGGCCUCCAAAGUUCUUGGUCAAACUUUCUCAAUGUUUAAGGAGAGAUCAGGAGCUGCACUUGAAGCAGCCAAGUCAUCCAAUGCUGGAAAAACAAUUGCAGGCGGAUUGAAUACUGCUGCGAAUGCUGGUCAGGAACGAUAUGGCAAACUCAAGGGGACGGAUGCUUUUAAAAAGUCAUCCAAUCUGGCAAGUGGUGCCUAUGAGCGGACGUCUCUUGUUGCCUCAGGUGCUCUGGAAAAGGCGCGCGCAGCGUCAUCGUCUGGACUUGAGAAGGCAAAACAUACGGCUGCUGCUAGCAUUGAGACGAUUAAGUCGAAGACGGGUGGUAAGAAAGGUGGUGAGGAGUAA